GUGGCAAGAAGGAAGGCUCUGGAAAGCAGGGGAGUCUGGGAACGGAGAGGGAAGGCUGUGGGUCCUGAGGGAGGCAGACUAAGGAAGCAGAGGAAGAAAGGCAAGAGGUCCAGGCCCAGAGGAAGAGAGAAGGGGACGAGAAGUUGGCUGGGCUGCAAAGAUCCUUGGGGGAGAGAGGGAGCUGGGCAGAGAUGAAGCUACAGGGCUCCCUGGCCUGUCUCCUGCUGGCCCUAUGUCUGGGUAGCGGGGCAGCCAGCCCACUGCAGAAUGGAGCAGAGGGCACAGGGGCAGGUUCCUUACAAGGAGUGGGAGAUGCCAUUAGCCACGGAGUUGGAGAGGCUGUAGGCCAAGGGGCUAAAGAGGCAGCCAGCUCAGGAAUCCAGGAUGCCCUCAGUCAGGGGCAUGGAGAGGAAGGUGGCGUUGCUUUGAGGGGGGCCAGGGGAGAUGCUUUUGACCACAGGCUCGGGGAAGCGGCGCGGUCUCUGGGGAACACUGGGAACGAGGUUGGCAGGCAGGCUGAGGAUGUCAUUCGACGAGGGAUAGAUGCUGCCCACAACUCUGGCUCUUGGGGGACAUCUGGAGGCCAUGGCAUGUUUGGCUCUCAAGGUGGUGUUGGAAGCCAGGGAAAUCCCGGUGCUCAGGGGACUCCCUGGGCCUCAGAAGGCAACUAUGGAACCAACUCUCUGGGUGGCUCUGCGGGUCAGGGAGGCAAUGGCAGGUCAUUCAGCUAUGAAACCAAUGGCCAGGGCGCUGUGGCUCAGCCUGGCUACGGCUCAGUGAGAGGCAGCAACCCAAACUCAGGGUGUACCAACCCGCCACCAUCUGGCUCCCACGGAAGCUCCAGCAGCUCUGGGGGAGGCGGCAGCGGCGGUGACCACGGCGGCAGCAGCGGUGGCGGUAGUCACGGCCAGGGCAGUAGCGGCCACGGGAGCAGCAGCAGCAGCAGCAGCGGCCAAGGCCACAGUGGCAGCAGCAGCUCUGGGUCCCGGGACAGAGAAACGGCUAGUUUUGACGAAGGCUAUUCAGUCUCCAGGGGAAGUGGCAGUGGAGGAGACAGAGGAGGAAGCAGCAGCGGCAGCAGCGGCAGCGGAGACAGAGGAAGCAGCAGCGGCGACAGAGGAAGCAGCGGUGGUGGCAGCGGCGGCAGAGGAGGAAGUAGCGGAGGAAGUGGCAGCGGAAGUGGCGGUGGAAACAGACCUGAGUGUGACAACCCAGGAAACGAUGUCCGAGUGGCCGGAGGAUCUGGGAGUCAGGAAAGUAGAGAAAACAGCCGUCUCCUUGGGGGCUCCCAUGACUACCAGGAGCAUGGGUCCAGCGGAGACAGCGGUGAAAAUGAAGCCGUCAGUGAACUCAAGAGUGUGAACUACGAUGCACCAUCCCUGCCUUUCGACUUGGACGGUUUCUGGGAGAAUUUAAAAGCCAAGUUGCGUUUCAUUAACUGGGAUGCCAUCAACAAGGGCCGCCUCCAGCCUCCCAGCACUCGAGCCUUACUUUACUUCCGCAGACUUUGGGAGAAUUUCAAACGCAGCACCCCUUUCUUCAACUGGAAACAGAUCGAGGGCUCGGAUGUGGCGUCGCUGCAGAAGAGGGCAGGGGGAGCCUCCGAUCAGUUUUCGCAGCCUGAGGCAGCAAGACAAGAGGUGUCCGCUGUCACAGCCAAGAACUACCACAACAGCCCACAGGAGAAUCCUACUUACAACUGGCAAUACUAUGCCAAGACCACCCCCAAGGGAGGAGUUGUACCUUCUUCGUCCUCGGCUUCCCGGGCACAACCCGGCCUGCUGAAGUGGAUGAAGUUUUGGUAGAAGAUUCGUCCUAGUCACUGCCGACUCUUCAAGAAGGCAGGUCUUCAGGGAGCUUGGCUGUACUUACCCACAGUCCUCUCUGCUGCGGCAGACCUAUGUGGGCAUUGACAUCCCGCAUCAGCUCACCCGGAGACCUGGUUUAUCUGUCCUCAUCCUCCCCACUCCGCUGCGGUGUCCUGGAGACGAAUCAGCGUCCUAGGAUAACCGGCCAGUUUCUUCACCUUCCCUUUGUGACCGGAAGUCCCCGUAACAAGGCCGCAGGGGCUUCCUACUUUCGAAUAAAUAAAACACCACUCUUUGUUUCCCCAAGA